UGUUACACGCAGUAAAUAUUAGGUUUUCAAUUUUUACGGUCAACAAUCAUACCAGUAACAACCUUCAUUAAUAAUUACAGUGCGGUUCCGGCAUUUUCAUAAUAGAAACGAGUAACGGGGCGCAGAUCUAGGAACGCUACUUAGCUACCUAGCACAUUCAGUGCCCAAUUAAAAGUGAAAGUGCAAAGGCGCUUUGCAAUAUGGAUAAGGGUACAAUUUGAAAUGAGCGGUGACGUCUGUCAACACCAUCAGCAGGCGAAAACGCAAUCUACACCACUUCAGUCGAAGAUCCCUAUUUCGUCGCCGUCGCAAUGUGGCACUCCACGGACGCGCGUCCGUCUAGGUGGCGAAAGCGUUAGUAAAACCGUUCCGAAAGCGCUGCAGAGAGGUCACUCUUUUAUGGAAAGCGGCGAAAAAAAUCGCAGUUCACAUGGUUUGCGCCCUUCUGGAGUGGCACCAAGGCCACAAAGCAUCAAAACGGAGCCGCGCAAUUCGGUGGCCCUAAAUAGGGCCACCGGGGUCGCUCCCCAUACACCAACCCGCAUGAGAAGCUUGUCACUUUCAAUAUCGAACGCACGAGUAACUUCACCAAAGUCUUCACAACCUUCAGUUCCAUUCUUACCAAAGACACCCCCGUCAUCACCAAACGACCACAACCGAUUCUGCCGAGACUGGGAUUUAGACAGUCUCACCAGCUCGAUCAGCUGUCUAAGUGUGGCCUCCUGUGACCAUGCCAGUGUCGCUCAUAAUGGCACAACAUACUCUGGCCGAAGCAAAAAGUAUGUGGUGCACUGCUCCGAGCACUCGGGUGCGACCGGCGGUGAUUACCUAACACCCACUCAGAGAGCCCAUCGACAAAUCAAACGUCUCAAACAACUCCUUCAUCAGACACAAAAGGAUCUCGAUCUAAAAGACACCGACAUACUAAAGCUAACGAAGGAAGUCGUCGAGUUACGUUUAUAUAAGGCAGCUUUGCAUUCCCCCGAAGACAAAUCAAACUCCUCCAGCGACGGUGUCACAGUCCGAGAGAUCGAGACUGACGGCAGUCGACUCCAUGCGGUCAUCGAGAAAGGUAGUUCCUGUGCAGAUUCCGGCCAUUACGAGGACUUGUGCAACUCCUCUGUCCAUUCCAAAGAGUCAGUGAUAGAUGAACACGUUUCGCCUUACAAAGUAAAGACAACUGCCGACGUAGGAAUAUCCGUAGAUUUAGGUCCGAGGGACGUCCAGUCCGAACACCAAAGAUUAGUUGUAGAGUAUGAACGUCGACUGCAAGAGCUCGUGCGUAACCACGAAGAGGAGUGCCACCAAAUGAAACGGAAGCACAAUGACAAGGUGGAUGAGUUGUUGCAGAGGUUAAGUGACGUGAAUGCAAGGUAUUGGGAGUUGGUGCCCGAUUUAGAUUCAGCUAAGCAGCACAUUAAGGAAUUAGAGCAGCAACUGGAGGAUGCCUGUAAAAAAUUAGAGGAAGAAGAGAAGAAACACAAGGAGAGCUAUUUGCAAAUGUACAAUAAAGGGCAAGAGGCGGCCAAAUUUGAACACGUUCGACAGGUAAAUGCCUACAUAAUGUUGAAGUUUCUUAUCUUGUGUUGCAUUCAGAUUUCAAUGACAGCUGAAGGUAAUACUCGAGUUUCCGUUCCGGAACUAUUACAUCAAUUGGAGGAGACGCAGAAUGAAUUGGAGAAAGUUAAAGAUAUAGAAUACGCAUCAUCAUCUAACAGUUCACAACCUCUGUUAAGUGCAAAAGAGGCUGUCUCCUUAUGGGUACUCGGUGCUAGAAAGGUAAAAAGAAACCGAUACCUCUGGUACAAAAUUUUUAUUUUGUAGACACAUUUAUUCUCA